AUGGCUUCAUUUUUUCGCAAAUUUAUCCCAAAUUUUGCAGAAUUAGCCAAUCCUUUAAAUAAACUAACCAGAGGACGAAACCCAACUUUUAUUUGGAGUGCAAAAGAAAAAUUUGUUUUUAAUGAAUUAAAAGAAAAAUUAACACAAUCUCCUUGUUUACAGCCACCUAAUUUUGAAAAACCGUUUCAUCUAUUUUGUGACGCUUCUAAUGUAGCGUAUGGAGCCGCUUUAAUGCAAAGUGAGGAUGAUAUAAAUUUACACGCUGUUUGUUACUGGUCGAGAACAUUAAGUGAACCAGAAACUAAAUUACCCGCAACCCACGGAGAAUUAGCUGCUAUUUAUAAUGCAGUUACUCAUUUUAAGGCCAUAAUUUAUGGAUCCAAACUAAGAAUAUAUACAGACCACCGACCAAUAACUUAUUUAUUUUCUAAGGCUAGUACUAAUACAAAAAUAAAUAGAUGGCUUAUGGCCCUACAAGAGAUAGAACCCGAAGUUGUUUACGUAGAAGGCACCGCCAAUAGAGUAGCUGAUGCUUUAUCACGAAUUUCCGUUAGUUGGAAUUCGAUAAAAAACACUAUGCCUAAAGAGGAACCCCCAUAUUUAAUGGCGUCAACAACUGAAAAAAUAAAUAGAGAAAUUAUUGAAAAUGAGACGGAAAAAGAUAAAAAUUUUAAUAAAAAUACAUAG